AUGGAUGCUGUCGCAGAAGUUGACGUUCUCUCUUGUGUCUCCUGUUUUCCACCAGGGAAAGGGAACUACUGGACCUUAGAUCCCAACUGUGAGAAGAUGUUUGACAAUGGGAACUUCCGUCGCAAACGCAAGCGGCGCUCUGAGCCCAACGCCCCCGCCACCGCCUCUGCGGCCUCCUCUCUGGGGGGCCUGAAGGCCGAGGAAGAGCGACCCAUCCCAGCCACAGGCAAACCGUGUGGAAACAGCCCACCCCCAGAGCUGGACCCCUCACCCUCUGCCAGGGACCAUCCCAAAAGCUCCUCUCCCUCCAGUAUCAUUUCAUCCACCCCUAGCUGUCUCAGCACCUUCUUCAGCGGCAUGAGCUCCCUGAGCGGCGGAGGCGGCCGGCUGACGGGGGGUCUCAGCAGUGACCUGCACCACAGGAACUUCUCUGCUGGACAGCUGAGCAGUGGCACUUUCACCCCUUCCAGCAGCUCUUCUCAGGAGGUGCCUUCCCCAGACCAGCUGCAGCGGGUCGCGGGACCUUCCCCCGCCUACUACAGCUCCUUCCACCCCAGCAGCAGCAGCCAGGGAGCCCAGUACAACCACUACUACAACUUCACAGUUAACAGCCUCAUCUACACACGGGAUGGGACAGAGGUGUAGGGUGCUGGGGCAGCCAGCCGGCCAGCGCUGCAAAGGGAAUGGGAGUUGGACCGUGCGCUUUUGCAAACAGCAUUUCAACGUGGACACUUCCCAGGAGUUCCUCCAGGAAGACUCAUCUUCUCACCUUUCAAAAUAAGAACACCCCUUAAGCACCAGCAGAAGGCAGAUGCAAAGUUUUCUCCCCAUACAGGAAAACAUUAGGUCAUGUAGAUGGUUUGCCAUCUAAAUUCUGCAGGCGUGAACUGAAUUUCAGAGGUUUCUAAUCCUGAAUGUAGAGCAAGAAGUUAAAAAACCAUAGCCAUAAAGUGGUAUUGGCAAGAGCCAAGUGUAGACAUCCAGUGAGUCUUAGAAGAGAGCAGGAAAAAAAAAAAUGAAGAGAUUUCUUAUGAAGUGCCUUGUACAAUGUAUUAAAAAAAACUCUUCUGCCAGCAAUUGCCUCUGUAAGCCCUUGCUUGUGCCCUGAUCUGCAAUAUGCAGUGCAUGGGGGGAUGCCCUGUGUAAACACCCACCCCAAAACCUCCCCAAACCCACGGAGGGUCUUCCUGUGUCUGGCAUAUUGUACAGCAGGGCUGUGUCCUGUAAAACAAUCUUCUUUCCCCGAGCUUAGUACCAAAGAUAACUCUAGCCAUGCAGCUUUAGCACAAGAAUAAACACUGGGGUAUUUUUAUACAUAUUUGUACGUAAUGUAACUCUUCUGUACAUACGUUUCUAUGUGGUUUUAUAUUUGUAAAUUAUGCUCUGGAGCUGUACUUAUUUAUAAUGUGUUUUAAACUUUGUUAAAGUUUAUUUUACUUUUUUUCCCCCCUUUUUGUUGUUUUAUUU